GAUAAGUGGACAACAGCUAGUCCCCUGUGUCUUAGUAGAAUGACCUCCCUCUCCCCCAUCACUCUCCUUCUAGCCAUCCCCUAAUUUUUCUCUCUCUCACACCUUGUAAUACAUGGCUACUGGCUCACUGAAUGACGGAUGCAUUGCGUAGCUUGUCCCGUUUUCCUCUCGCUCCCCCUCUCCUCUCCUCUCUCCCCUUCUCGUUGUCUGUGUGGCGACAGCAUGACUGCCUGCGUCAGCCACUAAAUGCUGCUUGCUGCAGUCAGAGGAUCGUGUGUGUGUGUGUGUGUGUGUGUAGUUGAGUGAGCCAGGGGGUGCUGCCUCUCUUCUCCUCUGCUACCCUACCCAGCAUGUAUGGAGGACCGACAGGCUGAAUCAUCCCACCACCAUCUGCAGACUGUGCCAAGAUAGCAGGUGUGUGUUGGUGGUCCUGUGGAUGAGCAUGGAGUGUGUGUGUCUGAGGCCGGGCACCACUGUCCUGCUGCUAAACACCUUGGCCUGGGCAUGGACAGGUGCCAUCGAACCUGUGCCCAAAAUUGAUGGACGGCAUCGAGCUGCACUAACACUGAAAGAGAAUGUCACCCACAAGUUCAACUGCCAUUCAGAGGGUUGGAAUCCUCAUGCCCCGCCCAUGCUGACGUGGUACCUCAACGGGGAGCGACAGAGACCGCCGUCGGACAAGCGGACACCUGGGCGCCUGGUGGUGACAUCACGGGAGGAGGUGUCUGGGCUGCUGACACCGGACUCCAAGCACAACAGCACCUUCUCUCUGAGAGCCAGGAAGUGGGAUAGAGAGCUAGUAUGUGCCGCCUCCAGCCCUCACAGUGGAGAGAGCUACAACGCCACCGUCACCCUCAAUGUGCAGUUCCAGCCAGAGAUUCUGCGUGUGAACGCUCACUACACUGAAACCUCAGACCCUGGCCUCUCCUUGGUCCUUUUUGCCUUGGUACGGUCAAACCCCCCUGCCCACAUCACCUGGGUGGACCAGUCCGGUCAGUUGGUGGCCAACACUUCGGACUUCCUCAUCCUGGACUCGGGGAGCUACCCCUGGCUGACCAAUCACACGCUGCAGGUCGCCCCGAGCAGCCUAUCAGGGAACGUCUCCGUAAACGCCAGCAACAGUGUCGGUGCAGCUCAGAGCAACCUAGCUCUGGCAGGUCUGACAGAGUUCCUCCAGUCCAGGGUGGAGGUGCCGGUACUGGGCAUCCUGACAGGGGGCGCUGUGGGCUUCGUUACCUUUCUCAUCCUCAGCCUUCUGGUGCUCUGCCUUCUGCACAAGAACAAGGGCAAGGCCAUCAUCGAUGAGCCAGUCGAGAUUAUAAUGGCGAAAAAAUGUAUGGAAUCAUCUAGUGUGAAGGUAGACAAGAUAUCUCUACCCAGAGAGAACAUGUCUCUACCUUCCAACAUGCAACUCAACGACCUCAGCACCCUGCAUAAAGCACUCGAGACCGCCAAACACCACCUUGGGGACAAGAUGAGAGAGGAAGAGGAGGAUCUGUCUGCUGCCUACGCUGCCAGGGGCUUUGCCCUGUAUCCCAUGGUGGGCUACAUCUAUAAGGUGAACAGCAAGAGCAGUGAUGAGAUCUGGCUCUGACUACUAUGCCCAGUUCCACCACUGGGUGUUCAAACCACAGUGCAAUGGGCCAAAAGGAACCUGUGGAACAACUGCCAGUCAACCAAUCAGCCGAUCCCAUCUUCAACAAGGACCAAUAGAGAUGCUGAGAUGAUUACAGGUGCAGACCAGCAAGGGGAACCGGUUAGGAAGAUACUGUAGUUAGCGAUCUCACUCUGCGGUUGUCCAGAUGAACCUAUUACAGCAGGUAAUCACAUUCCAACUUGAUUCUGUGAAAAUCAGAAACACAGAAUAUCAGGUCCUAUGUUGAUUGGUUAGUGUAAUUCAAGCUGACAGGUAUAAGUCUGUAGCCUGGUCCUAUAUCUGUUUGUGCUGUCUGUCUGUUUGGUGUGACUAUAUGUCACAAACAGAUCUGGGACCAGAAGGGUGCAGUUGUGAUAUCAAGUGAAUACAUUUAGAUGGCUCUAAACACCUAAACCGAUACUCAGUGUGGAAAGUAUACUGUACCCGUGUUUUAGAUGGUUUACACUGACUGACACCUACCACUGCUCCAUAUGCUACAGUCUGUUGAUCACGUACCAUAACCAUGAACUCCUGUUGGAUUAAAGAAUGCUUCAUGUUCUUUGUAUAUCAUAAUGUCCAAGACAAUGUAUGUGAACUGACAUAUUUCUAUGGCUAUAUACAUAAACAAUAGAUAUUCAUCUACAAGUAUAAAAUAUGUGUAUAUGUAUAUUUGUAUUCAUAUGUAUAUGUGUAUAAAAUAAAUCUAAUAAAGAUGAAUAUGACUAUG